AUGGCAAUCCAGAAGAUGGGUGGCAGGGUGCAGGUGGCAGCUGAGCUGCUUGAACAGAGAAGGAGCAGCCACAGUGAUGACAGGAAGCAGACGCUGUUAGCACUGCUGGUCUUGGUGCUGUACCUGGGCACAGGGAUAUCAGGAAAUGGCUGGGAAGGAUCCGGAGGGAUCAGGGACUGCAGCCACCCUCAGAAUCCCGUGGUAUCCCAGGGCCUUGAGUAUCAGGCCAAUGAACCUCCUGAAGAGCCAAUAAGGACGCUCAGGAAGUGGCUGAAGACAAACUUGCACGGUUUUUUGGAGAAGCUAGAGAGAGAAGUGAGAGAGCUGGAACAGCUGGUUCGCGACCUGGAAUUCUGGCUUGAUGCGCUUCUGGGAGAGCCGCACACGGAAGAUCUGUGCUCUGCCCACAAGGGUCAUUUGUGA